CACACACAGUGGAACAGCAGUGGAAACAAUAGAUAGGAAGGAGACCCAGCCCUCAUCUUGUAGCCCAGGCAAGGAACUGCUCACAUACUGUACACACGCGCUCUCCUCAAGAAUGGGUCAAGCCUUAAAAGAAGGAGAUUGUCCUACCCUCACUUGGAGGAAGGUGGCGCUAUUCUUUCUACUGCUAAACCUCCUGCUGAUCACUGGACUGGUCUGCUCUCACUAUUUACAAGGUGCCGAGGCUUCACCUCGGCCAGAGCUGAGGGUGAUGCUGCUGGGCAAGAACGGCGCAGCGAAGCGAAUCCUUGGCAACGCCAUCCUGGGGAGAAAAGCCUUCCCCCCGAAGCCCGAGAUCGCCAUCAUCCACCAGUGCCGGGCGAAGAACGGCCUCGCGCUCCGGGAGAGGAACGUCACCGUCCUCGACACGCUGGAGAUCCUCAACACCCUGGACAUGGCCCAGAGACUGAACGCGUGCGUGCACUGGGUGACGCCGGGGCCGCACCUGUUCCUCUACGUGGCGGAGCCCGGGGAGCGGGCGUGCGAGGGCGUGCGCUUCGUCCGGCGCAGUCUGGGCAGAGCCGCGGCGAGAUUCACCGUCGUCGUGUUCGGCGGCGGCGGCGGCGUGCACCGGCGUGAGGAGAGACGCACCGAGGAGGACGUUCGCAAAGAGCUCGCAAAGUGUUUCGUCGGAGGCUACCACAUCUUCAGCGGAGAUCUCAGCGGCAACCCUGGUCAGAUUCGAGCACUGAUGGUGCAAAUGGAUACUUUUAUGAGUGACCACAUGGGCUACAAGGCUAAAAAAAAUAAGACAUGAGCUCCCUGUCCUGAUGGCUACUUUACUGGAGGGGAGUGGAGGGGAGGGUGAGAGACAGGGAGAGAGAAAAGAAAGAAAGAGUGAGUGUCAUUGAGAGUGAGAAUGUGUGUGAGCCCAAUUGUCUUAUUGUCUAUUUGUACUGUUAUGUAUGUGACAUUUUAAAGUUACGUAAAUGUAUUCCACUACAGAUUAUAGAUUGAAUGGCUUUCAAUGUGUUUUGUGACAUGUCAUAUUCCAACAGAUUACUCAAUGUGUUUUGUAACAUGUCAUAUUCCAAUAGAUUACUCAACGUGUUUUGUGACAUGUCAUAUUCCAAUAGAUUACUCAACGCAAGUCACAUUGUUUUAAUACUUUGGAUUGCAUCAGAAUUGUGCUAUAUUUUAUUAGCAGUGGCUGAAACAGUAAUGCCAGUGUCGAAUGAACUUGUAAGACCCAUAGUAUCAACAACACCUGCUUUACAGUGAGGCUGGAUUGAUAUAUAAACAGAUGAAACACU